CACCCUUCAGCUGGAUCAUGGCACUGCAAAUCAUCUCUGUGCUUCUUUUUACUGUGUUUUUCUCUGAAGCUCUGACACUGAUGUGUUACAACUGUAUCACACCAGUUCCACCUGGAACAUGCACACAAAAUGUAAACUGUACUUCUCAGAGUGCAAAGUGCAGCUCCGUUACCACAUAUAAUCCCAAUGUAACUAGCGUUACGAGUUGCAAUACCUUGUGUGAUAAUUGGAGCGUAAAUGUUGGACAGAUCAGAAUGACCUCCCAAUGCUGUGAAUCAGAUUACUGCAACAAUGUUACACAAGACUUAACCAGUAACACAAUGAUGUGUUACUCCUGCAAUGGAAAAACCUACUCAGACAUUCUGCCUUGUAAAGGUGAUGAGAGACAGUGCAUCACUGUAACAGCUGAAUUAUUCGGCAACGGCACCACCACCACUUUAAAAGGAUGUGCUAGCAAAAACAUCUGUGAUAACACCGGACUUUUGAAACUAAAAAUGCCAGAUGUCAAGAAUGUUUCAUGUUGUGAUCAAAAACUGUGUAACAGUGCCCAGAGUCUGACUCAGGGAGCUGUGCUGCUGCUGGUACCAAUGCUUCCUGUCCUUUUUUCUAUCUGAGAUCCGUUGUAGGAGGUUUUGUUAUGAUUCUAUUAGUAUAUGAAUGCUUUUUUUUUUUUUUUGUAAAUGUAAAUCAUUACCAAAAACACCUUUUCUGAUUAAUUGAGGGUCAUGCAUUUGUUUCAGAUGACAGCUUGUCUAAUAUAAAGUGUGCUUUUGCAUUUCUAUUCUUGAAUCUAAUGUAAAAUAAAAAUACAAUUACUUUAUUAACAGUUUAUUUAAACACUAACAUUUCUAUGACUAAAAUCCCUUGCGUUUUUGUUAUGUACAAAAAGAUUUAGAAUGUGAGAAGAGUAACAUUGAUUAAUAAUUUCAUAUUGACGAAGGUUGAGUUACAGCUCACCACAUAAGCCCAUACACUUUAGGUGUGCUAUGUAUAUUUGUAUAGUAGCAUAGUUAUAUAUUUUCUACAAGUGGACUGCAUACUAUGGACAGAGAAAGAGAUUAUAUGAACUUAGUUUCAUAAUUUAAUAAGAGUUUGCUAUGAAAAUAUGUACAUGUGUUUUUCACUGAAUGAGAAAGCUAAAACUAGCUCAAACACAAGAAAAUGUUUUGUAAAUGUCUUGUAAUCAAGCAGAGAAAAACCUUCAUAUUUGUAUUGUAGUACUGUACAACGUUACUCAACAAGUAAGAAAUCUGUCAUUUUGCUUUUAAUAAACACUUUGUA